UUUCAGUUUGUUCAGUUCAGUUCGGGUCGGGCUUGCAAUUCAACAACACAUAGCGCAAAAAGCGGAGAGAAAUAUUAUAUUCAUUCUAACUAAAUAUAUGUAGAAGAAGAAACUAAAGGAACACACGGAGACAGAGAGACAGAACGAUAGCGAGAGCGAGCGAAGCGUAGAGUAGUAGUAACUUCCAACUACUUACUCACUAUAUAGAAUAAGAAGAGAUUCGAAGAACUUCAUGCAGUUGCAGACUGCAGUGACUAGCGGCAAUUGCACACAUAAGUUGCAACAAGCUGAAGUAACAUAAAACAUAGUAAAAACAUUCUUAGGCGUUGCCAGAUUGUCAACAAUAGCCCAAAGGGCCUCCCGAAAUAUUCAGAUCUACGGUUCGUUUCGUGUCGCCAGGUGGCGCCAGGUCAUGCAACCAGGGCCAAUCCAGUGAAAAAGUGAGAAAUAAAACACAGACACACAUACACACACACACACACACACUCCUAAACACACAAUACAAACCAACAAGUUCGUGCCACAAACUACUGGAAAUCCUGUCACUAAUUAGUUCUUGUAACAUGGGCUGCGCCUUUGAAGCAGCCAAAAGUAUACAGCAAAGGACAAAAAAACAGCAGCAGCAAGAACAACAACAAAAGCAAAAUCAAUGCGGUGCCACAAGAGUAACAAGAACAACAGCGAUAACAACAAUAACAAGAACAACAUCAAGAACAACAACAACAACAACAACCACAAAGCCAGCUGAGGACAUCAAAAUCAAGGAUAACUAUCAACAAAAUCAUAAAACAGCAAGAGAAACCGAAACAGAAACAGCAAACGAUAGCAAACAUCUAAAAGCAAGAGCUCAAGUGCUUUUAACGACACAACAACAAGAAGAACAAAAGCAACAACAACAACAACAACAACAACCAGAACAGCAACACCCAGCAACACAGCAACAACCGAGCCGCAGUCAAGUGGUUUACAACAAGGACAAAGACGAGAACAAAGAGGACGAGUUGGCAGGGCGGCAAAGGAUUGGAAUCGAUAUUCAGGCAACAACAACAACGAACACAACGAAGCAAAUAACUUGCUCAAAUUGUUAUAGCCAACGUAGAAAGCGACAACAUCGCCAGCAAUAUCAACAGGAUAAAGAUCAUGUUCGGUUACGUUCCAGACUUAGGCCACCCGCCGCCUACACCGCUGCCGCCGCUGCCACCGCCGCCGCCGCUGCCACAACAGCAUUCAAUUUUCAAGAGAUGCUGUGGCAGGCUACAGUUGCCCUAGCGAACACAAAUCAUAACCAUGAUCGGCGUGAUAGAAAUGAGGAUGAGUUAGCCUAUCAACGAUGGCAACCGCCACCACUGCCGUCGCCACCGUCAUCAUCGCCGUUGCCGUUGCCGUCGCAGUCGCCAUCGUCCUCCUAUUUACCCGCCACCACUGCUGCCAUGUCCGCAUCGAUUUUAGCCACCUCCGCAUCGGCAGCCUAUCAAUACUUGGGACAGCAUUAUAAGCAUUAUAGUCAAUCGUUCAGUUUCUAUGCCGCCUCCAGUGUUAUAUUGAUGCUAUGCUAUCUAACUACCGCAACCACAGCGGCUGCCACACAAUCGGAGACGUCGGGUGCCCUCGACAAGCAUCCCAUUCAUGGCAUCGAUUGGUCGAAAUUCGAUGAAUCCAGUUCGGAUAAAGAGAUAUUAGAUUUAUUACUAGAGAAGAAACGCUAUGAUAAACGAUUACUGCCGCCUGUAAAUGAUGAAGACUUUUGCUGUGGCUUACAGUCACCCGAUAUGGCCACAAAUCAAAAUGCGCGGAGACCACAUAAUCGCGGCACCCUAACGGUAAAUGUGAAUGUCUUGCUCCUAAGCUUAGCUUCGCCUGAUGAAAGCAGUUUGAAAUACGAAGUGGAAUUUCUAUUGAAUCAACAAUGGAACGAUCCACGUUUGCAAUAUGGCAAUAAGUCGCAUUAUGACUUUUUAAAUGCUCUGCAUCAUCAUGAUAGCAUCUGGACGCCGGAUACGUAUUUCAUUAUGCAUGGCGAUUUCAAGGAUCCCAUCAUACCAAUGCAUUUUGCUUUAAGAAUAUUUCGGAACGGGACCAUUACGUACGCAAUGAGACGUCACCUGAUUCUAUCCUGUCAGGGCAGUCUACACAUAUUUCCAUUUGAUGAUCCAAAAUGUUCCUUCUCCAUGGAAAGCAUUUCCUAUGAAGAGGCACAAAUCAAAUAUGUUUGGAAGAACGAUGAGGACACACUAAGGAAAAGUCCCUCAUUGACCACAUUGAAUGCGUAUUUGAUAAAAAAUCAAACUACGGCCUGUGAUCAGAACAGUUGGCGAGGGAACUACAGCUGUCUUAGGGUCGAUUUAAUCUUUACCAGAGAUCGUGCAUUCUAUUUCACCACCGUUUUUAUACCUGGCAUUAUAUUGGUGACGUCAUCCUUUAUAACAUUCUGGCUAGAAUGGAAUGCCGUGCCAGCUAGAUCAAUGAUAGGCGUGACAACAAUGUUGAAUUUCUUCACUACCUCGAACGGUUUCCGCAGCACUCUGCCAGUUGUCUCCAAUUUGACGGCAAUGAACGUAUGGGAUGGUGUUUGUAUGUGCUUCAUCUAUGCAUCCUUGUUGGAAUUUGUUUGCGUCAAUUAUGUGGGCCGUAAGCGUCCAUUGCACAAUGUGGUCUAUCGUCCGGGCGAGAAUCCCGUAACACAGCGUCUUCCAGCGGUCUUAAGCAGGAUCGGAGUAAUUCUUGCAAGUCCUUUGGCAAGCGCCGGAGCCACACCGGCCAUGUCAACAAUGACCCAUACGCCAGCAACAGCUGGAUCGGCAACGCCACGUUUGCAACCGGAUACGGAGGACUUUUUUGGCAGCGGCGGCGGCGGCGGCGGUGGCGGUGGUAUGCGUUGGCAGGAGGCCCACGGUGGCAUCAUCGGUGCAGCCGUACAAAAUCUACGUGCCCGUUCUAUAAAACGGAAAGCGGCUGCUCGAACUCCAUCCACUUCCACAUCGCCCACAGGUGGCAAAUCUGCGAUUAUUGCAGAACACAUUUAUGAGGAACCCACCACGACGGCUACCCGUGUGAAAUUUAAAGAUGAACAGCGUUUGGAUGAGAAUCCAGACCAGGAGAGUGAGACAUCGAUGGCAUUGCGCCGUUCGGUGGCCACAAGUACACCCGCUCUCGUCAUGGUACGCAUCGAAAGCGAAACAUCCACUAAAGGGGAUCCAGGGAGCGACGAUAUGGAAAUGACCGAACGUCAGCAAUUGCAUCAGCAAGAGCAGCAAUUGCCAUUAAAACCGCCGCGUAAAAAACCAUCGCGCUCCAAUUCACCGGCAUCCGUUUAUGCGGAAACCUGUGCUAUUACCGGACCCGGCUCCGCUUCUGGCAUCGGUAUCGGCACCACCAUCACCAGCACCCUGCUGAAAGAGUCAGCAGCUAUGGAAACUCCCGGCGAAAAGCGACGCGAUGCCGGGGCAACAAAUGAAAUAGUGGCAUGCACCACCUGCGGCGGCGGCAGCAACAACAGUCCGUGCACCCAUUCGGCCAACAAUGGUUGUGCCACAGAGACUUGUUUCGUUCAGGUGCGAAAGAAAGAGCCACCUCAUCCGAUUCGUGUGGCCAAGACGAUUGAUGUCAUUGCUAGAAUUACAUUUCCAACUGCUUAUGCCAUAUUUCUCAUAUUUUUCUUUGUACACUAUAAAGGAUUUUCGUAAAAUUAAGCAUACACACACGUACACACACACACACACACACAUACACACAACAACAAUACCCAGAGACCCAAACUCACAAAGCGCUAAAUAAAAACAACACAAAAAAUUAAGUAAAAAAAAAAAA